AUGUCUACGUUACCCCAACCGUCGCGGCCUGCCGCGAAUCCUCCGACGGGGUCCUUACCCCCUCUCUCAGCACCGAAAUCAAGAAAGAGUUUACCAGUCUCAUCCGACCAUGCGAGGGCGCCUUCUCCGUCUCAGAUUUCUUCCAAAAUACGUGCCUCUCCUAGCCCAAGGCCAUCACUUAGUAAGACUGCACUGUCCAACUCGGCUUCCAACCUGAGCUCCUCCAGGUCAAUAUCCGCUGGUCGAACGCCAAGCAGUCCCGAUAAAUCGCUACGCAGGACUAUUAGUAUUGCGGCAUUUCCCCAACCACCGAAGACAGGAAGCCGUCCUUCCACCGCAUCAUCAAUAUCAGGUGUUCAGAGCCUUCGCUCCUCUGGCAGUGUGAAGGUCAAACGGAACUCCAGGUUAAGCGUGGGGACCAGCAGCAGCUAUCGAAGUUCACAGACCCCGUCCUUGCUAAAUAGUGGGGAUAAUAAAUCAAUCAUCGGUGCAGAGGCCCGAGAUCCAGAGGCUUCACCAUCGCAAAGCCGGAGCUCUUCCGCUCAAGGGUCAUACUCGACAAGCGCGACCACUUUUGAGGACGCGGAUGAUGUAACGGGUGCCUCCAGGCCUCAUUCGAAGCCUAAGGAGGCCAAAGGUAACGUUAUAGUUAGCGUCCGAGUGCGCCCUGAUGUACACGGCACCGAGAUAUCAAAAACCAACAGCGAAUGGGCAGUGGAUGCACGUCGUAGCCUUAUCACGUUUAGCGGAAAGGAAGGAGGCGAUUAUUAUUAUGAUAACGUCUUCUCUCCCAAUGAACAUAAUGCCAAAGUCUAUGACUCCGCGGCAAAACGCCUCGUGAGAAGGGUAAUGGAAGGUUAUCAUGGUACCGUCUUUGCAUACGGCAUGACUGGCACCGGUAAAACAUUCUCAAUGCAGGGAACUGCUACCUCUCCAGGGGUGAUCCCAUUGGCAAUAACCGACAUAUUUUCUUUCAUCAGGGAGACUCCGCAUCGAGAAUUCCUGCUUCGUGUUAGCUAUCUUGAGAUCUACAACGAGAAGAUCCAUGACCUACUCUCAGCCUCUGCUUCUGGCAGUGGUUUGCCCCUCCAGCAGGAAGAGAUAAAGCUGCGCGAAGAUAGCAAACGAGGCGUGUAUGCGACUCCACUGAAGGAAGAGAUCGUACAGAGCCCGACGCAACUUCUUCGUGUAAUUGCGAGGGGUGACCAUGCAAGAAGAACUGGCAGCACGCAGUUCAAUGCUCGCAGCUCCCGAAGUCAUGCAGUGGUCCAAAUCGUUGUUGAGAGUAGGGAACGAGUGCCCACGGGCGCCACUCAGGACAGGCGAUCGGGCAUAGCCCCGGGAGGGGUCAGAGUAUCCACGCUUAGCUUGAUAGACUUAGCUGGAUCAGAACGUGCAGCUGAUGACAAAGAACGGCGCACAGAAGGUGCUCACAUAAAUAAAAGCUUACUUACCCUUGGUACUAUCAUUUCCAGGCUUUCGGAAACUAAGGACAAAGCUGGUAACCCGACUGAUCGCGAGGGCAGGCACCUGCCGUAUCGUGACAGCAAGCUCACGAGGCUGUUACAAUCAGCUUUGUUAGGGAAUUCACUAGUCAGCAUUCUUUGCACUGUUCAUCUUGGCAUAACGGGCAAUUCGAACUCUGGUGAAACACUCAAUACUUUGAAAUUUGCUGCGCGAGCCAAAAACAAUAUUGUCAGCCACGCCAAACGGGCGGAAGAAGCGUUCGGUAGUGGUAGCAGUGAUGCAGGGAGUCGUGUGCUUCUAGAACGCUACCGAGUGGAGAUUCAGGCCCUUCGAAGCCAGCUCGAAAGCCAAACAAAAGCACAAGCCGAAAAAGAGUUGAAAUUGGAAGAGCAGCAACUAGAAAAGGAGGCACAGGCUCGCCACGAAGAGCAAAUGUUGGAAAUGCAAUUAGCUCGAACCGCUCUUAAAGAGCGCAUAGAACAUCUCAAUCGGCUCAUUCUUUGCUCCAAAUCCACUGGUGUGAACAGCCAGGGAGCGAUGUCUACUCUUGGUCGACUAUCAAGAAUGUCUACUGCCGAAUCGGUGGCUCGAUCUCUACGCUCUUCAGUCAGUCAGACAACAUUGGGUGCUGGUUCAUUUGGCAAUGAUGAGGAUGAAGAUAUCGUUGGGGAAUUUGCGGACGGAAAAGCAAGCGCUCAAAGGCAAAUUGUAGCCCUUCAGGCCGAUUUGAGUGAUAAAAAUCGGUAUAUCUCGACUCUAGAGAGACGCCUACUGCAGGCUCGCCGGUCCAGCCAUUCACGAAUGUCAAUAGGCGUUAAAGCUGGGAGCGCAACCUCUGAAACUCCAGAUAUGGUGGCCUUGCUACGUGAGAAAGAUAUGGAAAUCAACGAACUUCGGCAACAAUUAGACGAUAAGGAUCGAAUGCUUGCUGCGCUCCGUUCUGCUGCUCGGCAUCGGGACCUUGCGCAUAUCGCUACCGAUACAGACCUCAAGGAAAAGGGUGAGUAUCGAAGUGCCGAUCCUGAUGUGAGCGACUCGCUAGCUAGUGACCAUGUGGCUAGUAUCCUUCCGCCUCACAAGGAGGACGAACUAAAUGGGACGAAAAAUAUGGAUGAUGAAAUGUCACGAAUUCUCAAUGAGAUGAUUCAAGAUCGGGUUGACAGUGGCCACUUGAUCAAGGGUUCCCACGGGAGUGUUCGUAUCGCUACCGAGAGUCGACGGCUUUCGGACACCAUGACGCCUGUUCAGAGCUUAACUCCAAGCAGCACGAUUCAUGACAAUGUCGAUCGUGAUUUCCAACCGGGGUAA